AUGGAUUGUUCGGACGUCAUGAAAGGAAGUUACUGCUCGUUGGAUGGCGUUUGUGAUUGUUCACCGUUCUACAUCAGAUACAACAACACCGUUUGUCUUCCAGCGCAACUUUUGAACAACGAGUGUGUUCUUUCCGAGCAAUGUUCGAUGCGUGUCGCGAACAGUACUUGCAACAGCAAUACUUGUCAAUGUAUUGACGGAUUUUUACAAUUUCGUAAACACACCUGUUUGUCACCUGCUCAACCCGGCACCGUUUGUUACAGCAACGAUCAUUGCCGCAUGUUCGAUUACCGCUCUCAUUGCGACUUUUUGAUCCCGAAUCUCUUCGGACGUUGUCAAUGCUCGUCUCCUGCUCGAAAUAUCGGAGGCACUUGUCUAACCGAACAAGAGUUACUUCAUUCAACAGAAGGUCCCAAAAUCGCCGUUGACGACGACGCAAUUAUCAUCGAAAGCAACGACAUCGAUGGAAAAGUCGAGAGUUUUGACGGUCCUCCGCCUCGUCCUCAGCAAACGGGACCUCCGAGCGGCGAUUCUGACACUACAAAGGGCAAAGAUGAAGACGAACCGGUAGUUGUUGAGAACAUUUUCCUGAAAAAUGAGGCAGUUACCACGACAGAAGCGCAAGAAAUGGAGAAAAAUGACGAAACAACAACUUUUGUCGAAGAAAUUUUGAGCACGGAAUCCCCGGAAAUGAACGAAAUCAUCACAAACAGCGAAGAAAUUGUUCAAACGACGCAAGAAUGGAUGAAAGAAGCAGAAACAACUUCACCUCCUGUCAUAAUUUUCGACGAAGAUAAAUUUUAUACGACUCCAUCGCCGCCAGAAACGAUGAAUCACGUCACUGACUUCCAAGAAAACCCCCAACAGGAAGUCGAAAAAGACAUUUUUGACGAAUAUCAUGACAACCAACCGCAGGAAUCGGUCGAAAUGCCUUUCGUGACAAUAAUAAAUCCGAACGAGACAGAAAAUGAAAUUAGUUUUACGACGGAAAGUGCGGAAACGAGCGAUAAUUUGGCGCAUUUGAUUGACAGAAGUACAAUUGAACCAUAUUUCACGAACGAAAUUGAUGUUACGAGUACGACGACGACUACAACAACAACAACUACAGCAGCUCCUGUGCGUUCAAGUACGAUUCGGAGCAAGAGAACGACUACUUUUAAGCCACAUCGACGUUCAACGACGACUUCGACAACAACAACAAGUACUACGACGGAGGCGCCAACAACUGUGAAGGUUUCAAUGGAGACUUCUACCAUGACUGAGGAACAGAAAAAGACUCAAGAAAUCCGCACUCGAGUCGAUCACGGCGACGGCUCUGUCUCCCUUGGGCUCAAUUGCACAAGCACUCGUCAAUGCCAACUCGCCGAUCCCUAUUCCUACUGCAACGACGACAACAUUUGCGACUGUUCGCAUCAAUCGGAAACCGAAAAAUGCAGUGCCAAGACUCGCGGAUGUGCUGACGGCACGUUCCAGUGUCGCAGUACCGGAGUUUGCAUCAGUUGGUUCUUCGUUUGUGACGGCAGACCAGAUUGCUCCGACGCAUCCGACGAAGAAUGUGUCUUGAAUGCGAAGGGAAAUGUCACGGAAUGUCCUCAUUUGUCGUUCCAUUGUCACAUGAGUGAUCGUUGCGUGUCACGAGCUGCUCUGUGCGACGGAAAACCUCAAUGUCCCAACGGCGAAGAUGAGUUUGGAUGCGAUUUUAGGAGAUCGAGGAAAUGUCCUGAAAACACAUUCAUGUGCCGCAGUGGCGAAUGUCUCCCCGAAUACGAAUAUUGCAACGCGAUUGUCUCCUGCAAAGACGGAAGUGAUGAACCAGCGCAUUUGUGCGGCACUCGUCCUCAGUCUGUGACGAGAUAUUUCGGAGGAUCGUCUCGCGUUAAUCGCUAUUGUCCAUUGAGAUGCGGAAAUGGCAAAUGUCGAUCAACGGCGAUCGUUUGUUCAGGUCGAGAUGGUUGCGGCGACGGAAGUGACGAAGAUAAUUGCUCAGUUUGCAGAUGCCCGGCAGUCACAAAUUAAUUGAAGCAAAGCGAAAAAUUUUAACCGAUCUGAAACUUUUUGGCCAAAUUUCUCUUAGAAUAGUAUU